AUGGAACCGGAGCCGACCCUUGCCUCUCUCCUCGAGGCUAUCCAAACCCUCACCAGCCAAGUCGGGUCCUUGCAGGCCCAAAUCCACACUCAAGGCCAACAGCUCUCUGAGCUCAAGGCCAUAUGCAAGGAAACCAACGACCUCGUUGGAGACAAAGAUCAGGGCGGAGCCCAAGCCAAGCCUGGCCCAUCGACUGGGCCUAUCACUCCCCCCACACAUACAGGGGGAGAAGCACACACUCCAGGAACGGUUAGGCCUGGACUCAAGGCCCCAUUUAGGCCUUCAAGAGGAACGGGUUUCGACUCUGAAGAGGAAGAGGAACCAAGACGCGCCCCCAAAAAAGAGCCUAUGGGAACGCCUAAGCGAUCCCUCAGUUCCCUCACCCCAUUCGAUUCUGGGUCCUCAGUAAAGCGGCCCAAGAUGGAACUUCCAGACCCUUAUAAAGGGGAUACUAGGGGACGAAAAGCCACUCAGUGGCUGGACCGGAUGCUUCUUUGGGUUGCCCUUCAUCAAGACCAAUUUGAUGAAGAAGAACAGAUGGUCGUGUGGAUCCUUUACCACAUGACCGACAAGGCUGCCGAUUGGGCCCUCCCCAUUAUUGGAACAAUCAUCAAGGGCGAAGGGAACCCUCCUACCACCAUCCCGGCCUUAACGGCCAAAUUCAAAGAAGCCUUUGCUGAUCCAGACGCGAAGAGGGCGGCCGCCAGGAAGAUCGCCGCGUUGACUCAGACCACUACCACGUCUGAGUACGUCACAGAAUUCCGCAACCUCAUGGCGGAACUUGACUGGAACACUGAGGCCUAUAUCGCCCAGUUCACGCGGGGCCUUCACUGGAAGGUCAAGGAACUCUUGUCCACCAAGGACAACAUCCCCAAAGAUGACCUUGAGGCCAUAUUUGCCGCCUCGAUCAAAAUUGAUAACACACGUCGGGAGAACGAGGAGAACCGCCCAAAAAAGGCUCCCACCAAGGCCCCGGUCACCGCGACCACCUCUACCUCCACCACCACUACCAGGGUCCGCCUAUCUGAGGACCCCAACUACGUCACCCCGGAGGAAAGGGACCGCCGUCGCGCAUCAGGGCUAUGUGUCAAAUGCGGUCAGAAGGGUCAUGGGAUCAAACAAUGCCCUAAUGGUUGGAAGGCAACUGUCAAGGAGGCCGCCAAGAUAGGAGAAGUUAUUGAGUCGGAAAAAGAAUAA